AGGAGGUUAUCGUUUGUAAUUUAUUCUCGUGUUAUUCAUUAUUGACACCAUCAUUGUGAAUUUAUAAAAGACUUUCUUCUCAGAUAAGUUUAAUUGAUAAAAUCAUGGUCAAACGUAAAAAUCAAGUUUUACUUGAUUCAGAAAGCAGCAACAGUGAAUCUAGCGGAAGCGAUUUGGAGACGGAGCUCUUGUCCCUUGCUAAGAAAAAGAAACUGAAGAAGAGUGAUGAUGAGUCGCCCACAGAAUCAAAUACAAAAAAAGCAACAGCUGCAUAUUCUGACUCGGACACUUCAUCUGGCUCCGAUGAUGACUGGGAUGCAAAGGGAAACAAAAACACCACGAAAAAGAAGAAGAAAACCAAAACCGCUCCUAAAAGAACUGUAUCCAAAUCUACUGAUGAAGAGUCUAGUGAUGAGGAAGAACCUGAGAAAAACAACAAAAGUUCAGAACCAGAAGAAGGUGAAGUUUCUGACUCGGACGAGAGUGAUUCAGAUUCGUCAGAUAGCCAGGAGGAAUUCAAUGAUGGUUAUGAUGAGAACCUGAUGGGUGAUGAAGAAGAUAGACGUAGGCUUGAGCAGAUGACUGAAAAAGAAAGAGAGCAGGAAAUCUUCAAGCGCAUUGAACAAAGAGAAGUGAUGAAAACGAGGUUUGAAAUAGAAAAGAAACUACGUUUGGCGAAGAAACAGGAAAUGAAGAAAAAGAAGGGUGGCACAACAAUAAAGAAGAGAGAGGAAAGAAUGGACCCAAAAGAGCGUAGCAAAGAGAGGAAAAAGACUGUUGAAGAAAACCGAGGAAAGGUUGAUAAAAAAGCGCAAGCUAUGAAUCUGUUGAAAGCUAGAAGAGAAGAAAGGAAAGAACGAGAGGAAAAAGAAAAACAACAGAAAAUCGAGCAAGACAAGAAGAAAGAAGAAGAAGAAAAAGAAAAGGAAAGAGAAGAGGGGGAUAGAGGAGAAGAAGGUGAUGACGACGACGCAGCCUCAAGUAAACCUAAACUUAAGGCGUCUGACAUCUACAGUGACGACAGUGGCAGUGGCAGUGACAGCGAAGGGAAGGAGAAGAACAAAGCAAGAUCAAGAAGCAGCUCCAGCUCGUCCCAUAGUGAUUCUGACUCAGACAGUGGCUCGGACAAUAGGUCUGUGGCCAGUUCAAAAGUCAAGAAAGUGCAGUACAUUUCAACAAAAGAGGAGCUCAACAAGAUUAGACUUUCCAGGCACAAGAUGGAGAGGUUUGUUCACCUGCCAUUCUUCAAUAGGGUUGUAGAGGGUUGUUUUGUCAGAAUUGGAAUCGGCAAUCAUAACGGAAAACCAGUUUACAGGGUUGCGGAGAUCAGUGGUGUGUGUGAAACCGCCAAGAUUUACCAGCUGGGAAACACUCGUACCAACAAGGGUCUGAAGCUGAGACACGGAGCGCAAGAGAGAGUGUUUCGACUGGAGUUUGUCAGUAACCAGGAGUUUACAGAAUCAGAAUACUACAAGUGGCGGGAGACAUGUGCCGUACAAGGCAUUUCCAUACCCACCGUAGACGACAUUGAUAAAAAACUCAGUGAUAUCAAGGAGGCAUUGAUCUACGAAUUUAAGGAGGAAGACAUUGAAAAGAUUGUCCAAGAAAAGGGAAGAUUCAAACAAAACCCUUACAACUACGCUAUGAAAAAGACUCAGUUAAUGAAGGAUAGAGACAUGGCCCAGUCUAGAGGAGAUGAGGUGGAGGCUGCCAGGAUCAUACAACAGCUGCAUGAUCUGGAGGAGAGAGCCGUGGAGUUGGACAAGAUGAGGACCUCCACCAUCUCCAGCAUCAGCUACAUCAACGACCGGAACCGCAAGAGGAACGUGGAGGAGGCGGAGAAGGCUAUCAUGGAAGAAGUAAAGGCGAAUAAGGGCAAGAAAAUUGAUGACCCGUUUACAAGACGUAGUACGAAGCCUACAAUGGUGUUCAAAGCACCUGAUUCAAAUCCCCCACCUCCUCCUCCAGAUGUAGCCUCAAAAGAGAACAUCGAAAAUCCUGCCAAGCCUGUGCCAGAGCCCAACAACAGGGUUGAGCCUGUCAAACCAACAGCUGACAAAGCCAAGACUGAGGACUUGUUUCUAGCUCACGACUUUGACAUCAAGAUCGAUUUGGAAGUGCCGUUACCAAAUAACCCAGUAAGUAUUACCCCAAAACCUUCCAACGCAAUGAAGGAUAGUGGGCCUCGACGUUCGUUGAACUUGGAAGAUUACAAGAAGAAAAGAGGACUUAUUUGAAAUAGGAAUUUUGGUUAAGUACUUUAAUUGAAGCUGUAACAUAUACAAAAUUAUUAUGUUUGUCAACUAUUUUUACAAGAGCACUAACCAAAAUAAAUUAUUUUAUUGUGGAGAGUAUUGCGUGUCAAAUAGUUUUAUACUUUUUUAAAUCGUUUUGUGGAAGUUACUUUAGUCUGUGUGUAUCCAAUUAGAUUGGAUCUUUCCUUUUGGGGUAAAAACACACAAGUGUCAAAAGCGAUUUGGAGCAACAGGAGAUAUAUGGUGAAUCCAGACCUCUAUGUGCUAGUCGCAGGUAUUGGCCAUGGUCACAAUCAAGACACAGGGUUUUUUUUACCUAUAAGGGAAAAGCUUAUAUUACAACAAACUGAGCACAAUCUGAUGGCAAGGAGGCAAGAUAGAAAAUAAAAAUAAAUUACAACAUUAAAGUUAGGUUAGAUUUUAAAAAUGUUUUGUAUGGAAAGUUUCCUGAUGACUUUGGAUCACAUUGUACAUUAUUGACUAAUUUUAAGUCUCUAGUACGUUUUGAAAGGGUUCACAUUACUAAUUGUGAUUGGGGGCGCAUGUUUUACCCAAAUAUGAGUGUAAAAUGAAGUGAGCGGUGUAGCUUUGUUACAACUAAGACCAGCUGUUUCAUUAGCCAGGACCAUCUAUUAAAAGCCCGAUGAUUAAGGACAGCUGGGUCCUAUUUCAAAACAUUAAAAAACUACUAGCUUUUCCCAGGAUUGAAUCGGCGACCUUUCGAUUACUAUGUGACCACUAUAACCACUUGCUACCCAGCUUAGAUCACAAACUAAUGUCAAAGACUCAAUCUCAAUCCCCAUAAAAAUUACAAAAUUUCAAUGAUGUUGAAAUUGAAAAAUACAAUUUUUCAGUUUAUUUCUCUAGUUUAGGCCCCAGAAUGUCAACCGCCCUAAAUUUUAAGACCCAGCUCCGCUAGAUGUGGUCUGCUAAGCAGUUAAAAAAUUCCUAAAUGCCAUACCUUUAAGCUUACAAUGUAACAAAACCAGACUAGCGGUUCACAAGUCCUUUAGCGUAGGUCACAAGACUUGUAUGGGUUGAGAGUUUGCGCCCUCAUUCCCCUUUCCUUGGGGAGGAAUUUUUCUCUUCCUUGUCCCCCUUGGCCCAAGUCCACCGAGCCCAUUUACUAAAGCGACCCUGACUAACUUCAUCUGCCCCUACCCAACCCCAAUCAAUUAGAAAAACCAUAGUUUUUUUUAAGGUACACCACCCAUAGUCUUUCCUUGUGUACCACUGCCAGUUGAAGGUUUGCAUUUUAUUUUUCGCUCCAAACCAUACAGCUUGGCCUAUUUGUGUUUUUACCCUUUAAGUUUUAAAUGUGUAUAAUAUAUAUUAUACUGUUUACUCAUUUUAGAUCGGUAAACCUGACAUAUAGUAACCUGAAUAGUAAAAGUUUUUGGUUUACUGUGCCUAAACUUGCUUCUUCAUAUUAUAAACUGUAAAAUAGUAUAUUUCGUACCUAGGGCCAAAAAUGAGGUUUUGCUGGCUCGAGAUAGUUUUUAAGUUCGAGACAAAGUCGAGAACUUAAAACGAUCGAGAGCUGCAAAACCAUUUCGGUACGAACGCUAUUUUUCACCACACUAUACCUUAUUUCCACUAUUCACCACAAUAAUAAUGUACACUAACAGUCAACGCAACUACAACAUUAAGGUUACGUAGAGAAAUAAAUGGAGGAAUCAGCAAAAAUAAUAAUAAACAGUUGCUAGGCAGCAGUGACAAAAAAACAAGUCUAUUGCAAUGCUAUGGAUAUAGCUUGUGUAUAUAAUAUACAUUAUUUGUUUAAGUAAAUAAGCAAACAGUUGAUUUUGCGGCCCUAGGUAUGUAAAAACCUGCUCGGUCCCCAAAAUGACGAUGACAUCUGGCAUGAGCAGCAAAACUUAACUUUCAGCAUAGACAAAAAUAAUAAAAUAUAUGGUGCUGCGGUUACCAUGGUUACAAUGAGUUCUGGCGCACACCGCUGUUAGCGCCGUGUAGUUACAUGGCGUGUAUGCCGUAACUACAUGGCGCUCCCAGAGGCGAGCGCCACAGAACCUAUGGUAACCGCAGCACGGCUGAUGGUCUAUAUUUAAUGCUUUUUGUCUAUGCUUCAGCCACUAAUUAAUGUAUGUGAAACAGAUAAAAACAUCAUAGUGUGGCGAAAAUUACUUUUGUCUUUAUUUGUACCAUUUUACAAUUGUUGGCAGUUUUAACAUUAUUUGUAAAUAAAUUAUUAUGCGAAUAUCGUGUGAACAGUCAUAUUUUAUGUUAAUUUUCAAGUCCUAGUGUAAUGUAUGUAAGUAAAUCAAAGAGUAUAAAAUGUUAAAACAGAAGAAUCAUUAAUUGCAAUGUUGAAUACUCAUUCCACGUUAUUUUAUUUUUCACAGUUGAAACCAAAAUGCUUCAAUUAUGGGCAAUAUGGGUUUUUCUAUCCUUUUUAAUGUUUACAAAAUACAAAGAGUUCAAAAUGUAAGUGCCUGUUCCAGCCAAAACUUGAAAUAGUUGAGUUAAGCUGUGUUGUGCAAUAUGGGAGGUGACAUCUAGGUGUUGAUGUGUUAUUUGUAUGCUUUAGUGGUUUAAAGGAAUCUCCAUUCACCAAAUCCAUGACUAGUACUGGUUGAUAUAUAAUCUCAAUUUUAUGUCUCAGUUGCCAAAAUUAUUAAGUACUUCCUCUAAAUGUUGUCUUGUGAGAAUCGUGUUUUUAAAUUUUGUGUGAAUAUAAUGUAAUUUUCAUUUUUAAAUUUUUUAGUAAGGAACUGUUCAAAACCUGUUGUGUUACUAAUUAAACCUUUUGUUGUAUAAAUGUUUAUUACCAUAUCAAAAGUGUAAAUAACAGUAAAAUUAUAAAAAAGGAAUUGUUUUUAGGGAAAAACAUUUAGCUUGGAUUAUUUAUUUAAGAAAGGAAUUGUGUAAUUGUAAUUAAUUUUUAAUGAAAUAGAAUUCAGAAAGCAAUAAGAUUUCUUGUAUUGACGUAGUUGUUGAAGAGGUUUGUAGAUUGUGGGCUUCAAUAGAACUCUUUCUCUUAUCUAGGAAUAUUCCAAAUUUUCCUUUUUAAUGGUGGACAAAUUAUUUUUUAAAUACAAAUGGCAGAGAUAGUGUUUUAUUGGUUAAAAUGUAAAAUAUAUGUUUCCCGAUUUUAAGGAAAAAUGUGUCAAAAUUGUCUUUAAAAUAAAACUAAUUAAAUCAGAUCUCGUUAUAAAAUAAAACUAGACAUUUUGUGUAUUUCACCUCAAUCACUAGCUGUUGCCAUGUGCUGCUUUAAUAACUAAGCAAUCAAGAGGUUGAAUAAUUUAUGUUAUUAUAUUACUCCCUCCGGUUAAUUAUGAUCAAUACGUGACGACGUGUGCUCAAAUUUCACAUUUAACAGGGUUCAACGUUUCUUUCUGAGACAAAAUGAGUAAUGCACCCUUUUACCCUUGUACCCUUUUACUUUUCAAAGAUGUUUUUUCAAUUGUUAGGUUAUGUUAGUACUAAUGAUUAUCAAGAUUAUUAAAGAUUUGUAGCAAAGACUAUUAAGAUUAAAGACAAUUAGUAUGUGAUAAAAACUUCUAAAUUACAAUAAAAUAAAUACAGACAUGUAAAGUUUUACAACUAAAAGAGUGAUUAUUAUCAAUUGAGAUGGGAACGCCACCCAGGUGCAUAUUUUAACUGAAAUAUGCGUGAAGGAUGAGUGUAGAAUGAGGUAAGAUGCCUUCCCUAGCUUUGUUACUUACCAAUAUACAAGCUAUUUCAUUAGCCAGGACCAUUUAUUAAAAGCCCAAUAAUCAAGGACUAGCCUACAAACUUUUCUCACGAUCGAACUGGCGACAUUUUGAUUAGCACUAUAACCAACCACUCGCCCAGCUAUAUCUAGUGUAGGGCAACCUCGCAACGCACGGCCAGCCUGUUGCCAUGGUAAUACCAGAAAAAACCCAAAAGUGUACAUGUAUAAAGAUUGUGCAGACACUCCAUCAUAAAUUUGUGCAACAGCUGGUUUGGUUUGUCAUGCAGGCCUUGUAUAAGAGGGGGCCAUAGCCAUGCUGCCUUUAAGUAAUGAUAAUAAUAAUAAUUAUGUCGACUGGAUUUAUGAACAGACAGUAAACCGCCAAUAUUAUAUACUAGUUGCUCUGCCCGUGCUGUGCUACGGGGUGAGAAUGCAGAAAAGAAUAAUACGGUUACAACACACUUACCACAAAAAAUAUAGGCAAAGCUCAAUCGUUCUUAUUAAUUAUUUAAAUGCAUAUUUCUUAAUGUUUUACCAUCACUUUAUAUAGUGUAUUGCAAUAUAUGCAAGAGUGUAAUUCAUUGACCACAUGGAACCAAGAAACAAAUCUUCAUAAUAAGCCAAUUUAGUUAAAUGGUAGGACAAAGCAUAACAGCUGGAUUAGUAAAUUUUCUUUAUAAGAAAUACAUUGGGAUUUUGAUGGCCUGUGGGGCAAAGCUCGAAUCCUUUUGUUACAGGAAUUGGUGAAAGGGGGCGUCUACACAAAAAAUACUUAAUUUUGACACAUUGUUUGUGAAAAUCCGUUCAUUAUUAUCGGAGGAGUAGUGUUUCGUAGAAAACGCCUUCACGUAUUAUAUAUACGGUAAGGAUUUUUUAAAGGAUUGUUAACAUAUUGUUUACUAUACAAUAUACAUACUUUAGGUUAUGAUACAGAUGUUUCGGGAUUUAUUCUGGUUUUAUCAGUAGGUACUGCAGUUUUUAGAAAGUUGUAGGAGUGUAAAUAAUGUGUAGAUAUUUAAUUCAACUGUUGGUUAGUGCUCUUUAUUUGUCAAUACAAAGUGUAAAUAUUGUAGGCUUACUAUCUUAAAAUAAACUUAUGGUCUUUUUAUCGACUCUUAUGAGAUUAAUCAUUGCUUGAGGUAACAUUGUUGUAGUUAAUUUAUUAUUUUAUAACAAUUUUUAAGGAAUUCAGUUUGUUCUGAUUAUUUCCCAUCAAAUUAUUUAUUAUAUUAAUUCCUCCUGUAAAACUGGUUUUAUAAAUAAAGUUUGUAAAUUUUA